GUGUCAGUAUGCUACUGGGUUUAACAUACCAUUCAGCGAUCCAUAUUCAUCCUUCUCAUUUUUCAUUCACUCUAGUCUUUCUUUGAGCUACUAAAAUGCCUUGCGGAAACCCAAACUGCUCGUGCUCCAACUGCUCCUGCGGCGACGACUGCAACUGCGGAAGGACUGGCUUGAGUUUCUCAGAGAACGCCACCACCUCUAAGAUCAUCAUUGAUGGGGUUGCACCGCUAAAGACGUACUAUGAGGAUUCAGAAAUGAAUUUUGGAGAGGUAUACGUCCAGCGCAAGUCUGGCUCAAACUGUGAUUCAUUCGGCUUUCACAAAUGAUCUGUACGAAAGCUUGACGAGGCUCCUAAGCAGAGAAGCACCACGUAUAUCAUCCUCUAAAUAAGAAAACUGUAAAAGGGAGCUUGUUGGGUUUGGAGCCUUAUUGUGAAAUAAAACUGCCUGCAAAUCCAUCUUCUGGACCUAGAGAGCUAGGAUUGUGAUUUGUGCUGUGGCUAGCUUGUAUGUUAUUGAUUGCACUCCUGACAUUAGUAAAAGAGAUUGGCAAAAUCUUAGUGACAA